ACCUUUUACCAAUGAGUUACCUGACAAUCGUUCAUGUAUGUUGUCAAGGUAACUGGUGCUGUUGUGUCAACAAUCAACAAUCUAAUGAAUGUUGAUGAAGCUCAGCUAGAAGCUGCAGCUAAUGAAGGUGCUACUAACAUGGCCGUACAGUCUUUGGAAUCUCAGCUUCAAUUCGUCAAUGUUUCAGCUUCCAAUGGAACUUACACAGAUGUUCAGCCAAACCUCGGAGUCCAGGUUAGUGAAUAUCCACCUGAAGAACUGACGGAAGGUCUGACUUUUGUGUAUGCGACCAACGAUCCGAGUGGAGAACUCUUGCCCGAACACAUGAUCGUCUACAAGGGCAAGAAUGACAGCUCGAGUACGACCAUGGAAACAAACCCGGUUCAAGCUCAACUCUUUCUACCACCAUCAAUCGGGAAGGCGAUUCGAGGCAACAACAACACUCGGGUAUCAUUCGUGCUUUAUCGGACAACUUCGCUGUUUCCUUCUCGGUCGUUGCUUGCCUCCAAUAAGGGCAAGCCAUAUAACCGAACAUCGAAUACUCGUAUCAUCUCUGCAUCCAUUGGUGGGAUGAAGGUCACAAACCUUUCUGAACCUGUCUUGACAUCAUACAUGCCAAUAACUGUUACAAACGAUACGUCUUACGAUCAGAACACCUACAAUGAUACCCUUGUCGACGUAACCAACCCGGUAUGUGUCUUCUGGGACUUCGAUGCUGAUGACGGCUAUGGAAACUGGUCAACAGACGGAUGUCAGCUGGUAGCAAUCGACAAUGAUACUGGUGACGAGCUCCUAUGCCAGUGCAACCAUCUUACCAACUUCGCCGUCCUCAUGGACAUCUACGGAGGGUCGACAUUAAAUGAUAAGUGGACGUACAUCCUUGACGUGUUGAGUUAUGCCGGAUGCUCCCUCUCUAUAUUCUUCCUAUUUGUCACCAUCGUAACAUUUCUAUCCGUCAGAAAGUUGAGAAAUCCUCAGCCUAGUCGGAUCCUAAUGUGCCUCUGCAUAUCACUCCUGUGUCUCUACAUCUUUUUCAUCAUUCUCGCAUCUCUCAAGACCGUUACCAUGACAACAUGUGGUAUCAUCGUAGGGUUUCUUCACUUCUCUCUCCUCUCUUCACUCGCUUGGAUGGCUGUGGAAAGUUUCAAUAUGUACCUCUUGGUCAUCAAGAUUUUUGACCGGGGUGGCAUUCGAAAUUUCAUGAUCAAGGCAGGUGUCUUUACGUUAGGUGUACCAGCUGUAAUAGUGGGAUUAACUGGAGGAAUAGCUCAACGUGGCUAUAUGAGAUAUGAUGACGGAAUAUGUGGUUUCUUGGCGGAGAUUCCGAUGAUAGGCGGGGUCCUCGUUCCGAUAGCAACAGUCAUCAUAUAUGAUUCUAUCAUCUUCGUGAUGGUGAUCCGUCGUCUUUCACGUAAGGUCGCAGGCAGACAGCUCACCAAACCUAUCUAUAAAGAGCGCCUUCGUCGUCUUCAGAAUGCUUCAGCUCUUAUCAUAUUGAUGGGGUUGACAUGGGCAAUAGGAUUCUUUACAGCCAUCGAGGGUGCAUCUGUAUCAAUCCAGAUAAUGUUCAUCAUCUUAAACUCGCUCCAAGGCUUUUUCCUGUUUCUCUUCUACUGUCUGCGUAACCCUGCUGCUCGUUCCCAAUGGAGAAAGAUAUUUUGUUGUCGCCUGCCUCCUGCUGACGAGACUACAAGCAUGGGAAAUAGUAAUCAAUUUCGUGAACGCUCUACAACCGACGAUCAGGACAGAGAGAAGAAUUGUUGCAAUGUAUCGAGUUGUAGGACAGGCUCCUAUGACCUGUUUAGUAGAUGGAGGAACAGAAAAGGUGACACGACGCCAUCCACAUUUGAGCUGUCAGCAGAAUCGACGAUCACCUCCAAGAAACAGAUCUAUCGACAUAAUGACGACGGUGAUGAUGUCGAUGUCAGACAGAAUACCUUUGAUGAUGAUGAAGAUGGGAUCGAGGACGGUUUUGAAACUGCUUUCGGACAUUCCGUAGCCAAAAGACUUUGAAAGUUAAAACGCUGAUGAGAUAAUGCACUGUAACGACGGCAAUGGCAGCAUAUAUUCCCUUCCCUUUCUCUU